AUGUCAUCCACAAAGGGAGAAAUGGUGCAUGUCGAGGUGGUCAAUACUGAUGAUUGGAUUAGUAAACUCUCAGACGAUCUCUUGCUUGAGAUCUUAUCAAAACUGUCGACCAAAGAAGUCAUUAUGACAAGUGUUUUAUCGAAAAGAUGGGUGAAUGUGUGGAAGAAGACGUCUCAACUCUGUUUGGACAUGCGAACGAUCGCAAAAACCACAACUCUUUUGCCCAAUGUUUCUCAUCAAGUGACAAAGGUUAUAAAGGAUCAUUGUGGCCAUUUGGAAAGAUGCACAAUCUACCAUGACUUACUCCAAUGUGAAAACGGGAUGUUGGAGUUUUGGAUUCAAUCACUGGUUAAUGUGAAACACAUCAAGGAUCUCACACUUGAAAACUUUUCUCACUCUUGGGAAUCAAAAUACAAAUCCAUAUGCACAUGGGGACACGGAGAUGUAACACUGGAUUUGCCUCCUAGGUCAUUUUCCCAUCCAAGCCUCACAUCUCUCUCGUUAGGCCAGUACAGCUUAGAAGCUCCACACGCUUUCUACGAUUGUUUGAAUUUAAAGAAUCUCAAACUGAUUGGUAUCUCUGCUGAUAUUAAAGUCCUUCAUGCAGUCCUUGUGUCUUGCACUUCUCUCGAAGUGCUUGCACUAGAGAUCAGUUCCAACUACAAAACUAGUACUCUGAAGAUUGAGAACCAGUACCUAAAGUUCUUAUAUCUAUCUUUGUAUAAGAUAAAAGGCGUUGAAGUGACUUCACCCAGCCUACAUAUCCUCUCCAUUGGUUCUCUCUCAUGUGGGAUAGAGAACUUGGUCAUUGCAAGCCCUAGACUCCAUUUCAAUCGACACUUUUGGCCUACAACAAAAGUCUUUCCUCACCCUAGCUUUUAUAUAUCAUGUCUCGAUCAGGGGGAAACAAUCAUUGGACAUGAAUUAAUCAUGAUGAACGUACCAAAUGUUUGUAUGAAAAUGUAUGCAUCAAUGUCGGUGAGUGUAGACUUAACUAAUGCAAAAGAAGUUGAGAUGCUCAAACAAGUGUUAGUUGCAUGGCCUAGAGAAAUGCAAGAAGUUGAGAUUUUGUUUAAGGGUAACAAUGCUGCUAGGAACGAAAGUGAGACUUGCAUUGAAAAUAAACAAAACACGUUUUGGGAAAAUACAAAACCGUUUCCCAACGCUCUAUUCCGUGCAAAUACUGUAUGGUUGUCUAACUUUAGCGGUUCAAAUGAAGAGUUUGCGUUGGCCUCGCGUAUGAUAACGCAAGGGACUGUAGUAAGGUGUAUGAUGAUUAAACCGUCACAACCUAAGAAAUUGGAGAUCGAAGACACAAUAGCCAAGCUAAAGGAGCUUCCAAAAGGUCACGAGAACCUUAGUAUCGCGCUGUUCUGA